GCCAGCAGAGCCUGUCGUCCAGGCUGCAGACUGCCACCGAGCCAUCAGCCCUGGUCAGCUGCCCCCGAGCCCGCCCUGCCCUUAGGAGAGAGGAAGGAGGGCACAGAAGUCUUAAACACUGCAAGGAGUGCCUAGCAGCCAGGGCUGGGUCGAGGUCAGCACCAUGGACAGCGCACGCGGACAAGCCAAGGUGUGUCUGGAUGCAGCUGGCUUCUGGCAAAUCUGGCAACGCUUUGACGCCCAAGAAAAAGGUUACAUAGAAGAGAAAGAACUGGACGCCGUCUUGUACCAUAUGUUGAUGAAAUCAGGCACAGAGGAUGCCCUCAUGGAAGAGAGCACACAGGCUAUGAAGCAGCAGUUUAUGGCCAUCCACGACAUGGCUACAGAAGGUCGUAUCCCGAUGAAAGAGCUUGCCAGUCUGUUCUUGUCUGAGGAUGAACGUUUCCUCCUGUUCUUCCGCCUGGAAACUCCCCUGGACAGCAGUGUGGAAUUCAUGCAAAUCUGGCGCCGAUAUGACGCAGACAGCAGUGGCUUCAUAUCGGCAGCUGAGCUUUGUAACUUCCUCCGAGACCUCUUCCUUCACCACAAAAAGGCCAUUUCUGAGGCUAAACUGGAGGAGUACACCGGCACCAUGAUGGACAUCUUUGACAAAAACAAAGAUGGACGGUUGGACCUUAACGACUUGGCGAGGAUUCUUGCGCUUCAAGAAAACUUCCUUCUUCAGUUCAAAAUGGAUGCUUGUUCUACUGAGGAAAAGAAGAGGGACUUUGAGAAAAUCUUCGCCCACUAUGAUGUUAGCAAAUCUGGUGCCCUGGAGGGCCCAGAAGUGGAUGGGUUUGUCAAAGACAUGAUGGAACUGGUCCAGCCCAGCAUCAGUGGUGUGGAUCUUGAUAAGUUCCGGGAAAUUCUGCUACGCCACUGUGACGUGAAUAAGGAUGGCAAGAUCCAGAAGUCUGAGCUGGCACUCUGUCUUGGCCUGAAAAUUGCCCCCUGAUCUCCAGAUGCCCUGCCUCGUCUGCUUGUGUUUCUGUGCUCUUGCUGUGAGCAGUUUGUCUGCGCUUUGAUCUCAGAGACCCAUCAGCAAACUUCUUGGAUGGUGUGGUACUUGUGGGUAUCCUGGGCAGAGGGAGGGUCUAGGGUGCUGCUUCCUAAGCCAGCCAUGGUUCUGUCCCAGGGGAUGUUCGCAUGCAGCACUCUCCCCUUGGCCUUGACCUUUCUGUCCUCCAUGGGCUCAGCUAACCUGCUCGACCUUCCCAGUCACCAUCCCCUUCACCCACCGUCUCCUGUUCUUCCUCCAGAGCUUUCUUCUGAGUUAAAGUGUCACCUGUGGCUGUCUGUCAAGUGGAUUUUCAUGUGGAAAUAAAUCUGCAGUCAAAA